UACAGAGCUAAACAUAUUAUUAAACAUGUCUAUUCAACAAGAAGUUAAUCGCCCACUUCGUGACAUUCCACUCUGUGUUUGGGGAGACCAGUUUCUCAUCUAUAACAAGGAACCACAGCAAGACGAGGUGGAUCAAAUAGUUCAUGAAUUGAAAGAGAAAGUGAGGAUAAAUAUUCAGGCAGCUUUGGCUGUUCCAAAGGAACAUACACAUUUGUUAAAACUAAUCGACGCAAUCCAACGCCUUGGCAUAUCAUAUUAUUUUGAAGACGAGAUUGAUAAAGCUUUGCAGCAUGUUUAUGAUGCAUAUGGGGAUGACUGGAAUGGUGGUAGCCCUUCCCUUUGGUUUCGACUCUUACGUCAACACGGCUUCUAUGUUUCAUGCGAUGUUUUUAAUAACUAUAAGGACGAACAAGGAGCUUUUAAGGAAUCCUUAACCCGUGAUGUUGAAGAACUGCUUGAGUUGUACGAGGCAGCAUACAUGAGGGUACAUGGUGAGGUUGUUUUAGAUGAAGCGCUUAGUUUUACUAGAGCUCACCUCAAUAAAAUAGCAAAGGAUCCUAUUCGUUGCAACUCUACUAUGUCAAUCCACAUACAAGAGGCACUAGAUCAACCUAUACGUAUAAGGUUACCAAGACUAGAAGCAUUGCGCUACAUGCGUUUCUACCAGCAACAAGCUUCUCAUGACGAGUCAUUACUUAAGCUUGCCAAGUUAGGGUUCAAUUUGCUUCAAUCAUUACACAAGAAGGAGCUUAGCGAACUUUCCAGGUGGUGGAAAGAUAUUGAUAUCUCGAAUAAUCUUCCUUAUGUAAGAGACAGAUCGGUUGAAUCCUACUUUUGGGCACUUGGUGGAUAUUGUGAGCCGAAAUAUUCGUUUGCUAGAGUGUUUUUCACAAAGUUUAUUUUAGUGGCAACAAUUCUUGAUGACACUUAUGAUUCUUAUGGUACUUACGAAGAACUUGAGACCCUUACAGAAGCAAUAUUGAGGUGGUCAGUUACAUGCUUAGACGAGCUUACAGGAUACAGGAAAGCAGUUUACCAGGUAUUAAUGGAUAUGUACAACGAAAUGGAAGAAAUCCUGGAGAAGAAGGGGAAAAUAGAUAUUUUUAACUGUUCCAAGGAGCAUGUGAAAACUUUGGUUAGAGGCUACUUGAUGGAAGCAAAAUGGGCACAUGAGGGGUACAUACCAACGACAGAAGAGCAUGAUUAUGUUGCAUUCAUGACAGGCAGUGGUGGCUUGCUUAUAACAUCAUAUUAUCUUGGCAUGGCUGACAUAGUCACAAAUGAAGCAGUCAAAUGGGCUGUCACCGACCCUCCACUUUUCAAAGCUUCAACAAAAGUUGGUAGAUUCCUUAAUGAUAUUGCUGGCCACAAGCAAGAGCAAGAGAGAAAUCACUUUGCAUCCACUAUUGAAAGUUACAAGAAGCAAUACGAUUAUACCGAAGAGCACGUAUAUGACUUGAUGCGCAAGCAGGUAGAAGAUGUGUGGAAGGAUAUAAACCUAGAGUCCCUCACCUGUAAAGAUGUUCCAAUGCCUCUAAUAAUGGUUGGAGUCAACUUGACAAGGCUUUUGGAAGUUCUGUAUAAAGGUGGGGAUAACUUCACCUACCAAGGAGAGCAAUACAAAAAUCAUGUCAAGUCUUUGUUGGUGCAUGCUAUAAGUAUAUGACUUUCAGUUCUUCAUGUCGAUCGAUUUGCAGUGUUUGACUUACACCUUCAUUUCUUCAUCUUCUAUCUUUUUCAUCAUUCGUCUUUUUCAAAUUCAUCGUCCCUCUUCAUCGUCGUCCGCCUUUUUCAAAAGGCUAUUCUCAUUUCAUUCCUCCUAUCAAUGUGAAAUACUGUGUGUUUUAGUAUUAAAAUAUAUGUGCGAGAAUUAUGUAUCUCCUUAUGUAUCUAUGUUUAGUUAUAAAAUGUCUUUGUGUGAGAAUUAUGUAUCUCCGUAUGUAUCUAUGUUUAAGUAAUAAAAUGUUUGUGUGAUUUCAAAUUA